CCCGGGCCGCGAUCUGUGCUGCUCUCGCGAGAGCUCCCCCUUUUCCUGGCCGGCGCGGAGCGAGAAAGGCCAUGUUCAGCUCUAGCGCCAAGAUUGUGAAGCCUAAUGGCGAAAAGCCAGAUGAAUUCGAGUCUGGUAUAUCCCAGGCUCUGCUGGAGUUGGAAAUGAACUCCGACUUAAAGGCUCAGCUGCGGGAGUUGAACAUCACAGCAGCUAAGGAAAUUGAAGUAGGUGGUGGCAGAAAAGCCAUCAUUAUCUUUGUACCAGUUCCUCAGCUGAAGUCCUUCCAGAAGAUUCAGGUGCGGCUAGUCCGGGAGCUGGAGAAGAAGUUUAGUGGAAAACAUGUGGUGUUCAUUGCUCAGAGAAGGAUUCUGCCCAAGCCAACAAGAAAAAGCCGCACAAAAAACAAGCAAAAGCGUCCGAGAAGCCGUACACUUACUGCAGUGCACGAUGCCAUUCUUGAGGACCUGGUCUUCCCCAGUGAAAUCGUGGGCAAGAGAAUCCGCGUGAAACUGGACGGCAGCAGGCUUAUAAAAGUCCAUCUGGACAAAGCACAACAGAACAAUGUUGAACACAAGGUGGAAACAUUUUCUGGUGUGUACAAGAAGCUCACAGGCAAAGAUGUGGUGUUUGAAUUUCCAGAAUUCCAGCUGUAAAAUGCAAAAAAUGGCUGAAUAAACAACUAUUCAUAUAA